ACCCGGUGCAUAAACCAUAUUUUGGAUCAAACCAAAAGAAAAAACUCAAAAAACUCAAGUUGGAGAGAGAAUGGGUGAAGAAAGAGCAUCGUCAUUGUCAUCAAUGGCGGCCAUGGCCAUGGAAGAGGAGAUCACUCUGACAGUGAAAUGGAGUGGGAAGGAGUACACUGUUCGAGUGUGCGGCGACGACACUGUCGGCGAGCUCAAGCGUCGCAUUUGCCAAGCUACCGAAGUCCUUCCAAAGCGUCAGAAGCUUCUCUAUCCCAAAAUUGUUGGUCCGAAGCUCUCCGAUGAUUCCACUCUUCUCUCUCUCCUCCCUCUCAAAUCAUCCGUCAAGAUGACCAUGAUCGGGACUGUUGAAGAUGAUAUUAUUAUUGAUCCUGUUGAUUCUCCGGAAAUUGUUGAUGAUUUUGAACUUGGACAAGAUGAAGCUAUCGACAUAAAGGAUAAAGAGGUUAACAAGCAGAAGUUAAGGAGACGCAUUGACCAAUACAAGAUUGAAGUACUGAAUCCCUGCCGAAAAGGAAAGAAACUACUUGUUCUUGAUAUUGACUAUACUCUUUUUGACCACCGUUCACCAGCAGAAAACCCUCUGCAACUCAUGCGACCGUAUCUCCAUGAAUUCCUCUCUGCCGCUUAUGCUGAGUAUGAUAUAAUGAUAUGGUCUGCAACCAGUAUGAAGUGGGUUGAAUUAAAGAUGGGGCAGCUUGGAGUACUCAACAAUCCCAACUACAAAAUCACUGCUCUGUUGGACCAUUUAGCUAUGAUCACGGUUCAGUCAGAAUCACGUGGUGUGUUUGACUGCAAGCCUCUGGGUUUAAUUUGGGCAAAAUUUUCCGAGUAUUAUGAUUCAACAAACACCAUAAUGUUCGACGAUUUGAGAAGAAAUUUCGUGAUGAACCCGCAGAAUGGAUUGAUAAUAAGGCCUUUCAGGAAAGCUCAUGCUAACCGAGAUAGUGAUACGGAACUAGUAAAUCUCACACAGUAUUUGCUUUCUGUGGCAGAACUUGAUGACCUCAGUGCCCUUGAUCACCGUAGAUGGGAAUCGUAUAUUGAGGAUAAUUCCAAGAGGCGUCGUCGUGUAUGAUGUACCUUGUAAUAUCAUAGUGUAACAUUGAAGUUUAACUUUGCUUUCUGGUUAAUAUUUUUGUUUAAUUAUGAUAUAGUUCCCGGAGAUUCAUGGAUUUACCUGUCAAAUUUCAUUAAGGCAUUAUUAAGUUUUGAUAUCCUAAAUAUAUGGAUUUGAUAAUUAA